AUGUCUGCUUCAGGUUUUAACGCUCAAGCCACGAAUGGAAAGCAAUUGAUCGGUGCUUAUUAUCCAGAUUGGCAAACGAACAGAUUACCAGUAAAUCAGAUUGAUUGGACAAACAUCGAUUAUGUUUCAUACGCUUUCGGCUUACUUUCUCCAAGUACAUACGAAAUUACUUUAAGUGCAGGUUCAGAUUCAACACUCACUUCUUUAGUCGAAGCAGCUCACGCUCAAAGCCCUUCAAAGAAGGUUGAAUUAAGUAUUGGUGGAUGGACAGGAUCUGAACCAUUUAGUGAAGCAGUUUCAACUGAUGCCAACAGAGAGAAACUUGCUACUGCUAUAGUAAACGCACAAAAGAAAUGGAAUUUGGAUGGUAUUGAUCUUGAUUGGGAAUAUCCUGGUUUACCUGGUGCUGGUAAUCCACAUACUGGCUCAGAUAGCGCAAACUACCUCAAAUUCUUAAAAGUACUUAAGCCACAAUUACCUUCAGGUGUCACACUUAGCGCUGCAACUGCGGUUUAUCCAUUUGCUGGUCCAGAUGGUAAACCACUCGCAGAUGUUAGUGGAUUUGGUGAAGUAUUCGAUCAUAUACUUAUUAUGAAUUACGAUGUUUUCAAUGCUGCUCCUGCUCCUGGUCCUAAUGCAGCGCUCAAGGACACAUGCGGCAGUUCAAAGCCUGGUGCUAAUGCUGAAGAUUCAAUCAAAGCAUGGAAUGAAGCCGGUAUGCCACUCGAAAAGAUCUAUUUGGGUGUUCCAGCUUACGGCUAUCUUCACGAAUCCAGUGCAAAGGCUCUGGUAGCAAGACAAACUCCAACCGUACCUGGUGCUGAUGAUACGAACAACGGUCAACCAACUACUCCAAACAACGACCAACCAGCUACUCCAACCAAUGGCCAGCCAGCUGCACCAACUGAUGGCCAACCAGCUACUCCUACUAACGGAGCAUCACCUGUUACUAUCAAGAAUGCAGAUGGUACUACAGCAAAAGGUCAAGUUGACUUCGACGCAAUAGUAGAUUCAGGUGCAUUAAAAAGGGUCUCGGCCACUCAGUUUGAUGCUGCUGGUGGAUGGACUAGAAAAUGGGAUGAAUGCUCCUCAACUCCUUUCCUUUACUCUGGUUCACAAGUUUUAAGUUAUGAUGAUCCAGAAUCGUUCAAGUUAAAGGCUCAACUAGCAAAGGAUAUGGGUAUUGGUGGUAUGGGUGGAUGGACACUCAUUGGUGAUACAAACCAGGGUGACUUAUAUUCAGCAUUGAGAGAAGGUCUUGGUGUUUAA